GUGGCGCUGCGACAAACGAUCCACGCCCGCGACGCUCCCUCGAACGUUGGCCCCACAGGGGGCAACAGCUAUUGUGGUCCACGUGCAUGGAACUCAACGGCGAUAACAUCUACCUCCCUUCGUCGGGUGACUAUUUGGUUAUCGAUGUGACCGAUAUCACCUCAUGGGAUCCGAUCAUCCGAAGAGGGAAGGUGGGAACGGGAGAAGAGGAAGAAGAAAGAGAAGAAGAGGAGGAAGACAUGAACGAAGAAGAAGAAGACUCGGAGGCCGGAUCGGACGACCCAGACGAUCGCGAAUCGGAGGAAACCGGGUCGGAGGGAAGUGGGUCGGACGAAUCAGGCGGUUCCGGCGAACAGAGAGAGGAGGAAGACGAAGUAGUGGCUCAGAGGAGACGGGAGAGGGCCAAAGAGAAGCGCCCAGUACAGGAGUCGGACGAGCCCGGCGCGAGGCUGUUGCAGGACGAUCCAGCUUUCAACCCGAAGCUACCGCAAAAGGAGUUUGGAGGAGAUGAUGUCGCCACCACGGAGGGAUCUAAAGGCAGACGCCGCAGAAGAAGUCCAACGCCGGCUCAAUCCCCUCCACCUCAGAGGCCCACAGUUCGCUUACGUGGAGAUGCGGGCACUCGGGCUUCGUCCCUGGUCGUUAUCCCGCCGUCCCCUUGAUUACCUCGCUAUCCACCAAAUCACAGGACGGCCCCCGUUCCCCUCCAACUGGUAUCCUUUUCCCCCUUCCCUCUUCCACCAGCUCUACGCUACCCGUCUUGGUGUCACCAUCUUCCCGCACGCCUCCACUAAAUCCAUCGUAAUCCAUUUCCCUCUCCACAUCCUCCUCUUCAGCGCGGCAUGGCGAGAUUCUAACAAAUUGUAUAAUCUUGG